AUGGAACUACCAAGAAGAGCUCCAAAUUCUGCUGGACCAAAAACUCAAUACAGAAUUAAAGCAAAGAAACUUUCUUAUAAACUAUCACAUCAGGUUGAUGAAUGUCAUUGGCUUCCCUGGAAGAAGAAAGCUGAUAAUGCCUACAUAUUGAGAAAUGUGAGUUGUGAAGCUAGACCAGGUGAGGUUAUGGCGAUUGCUGGUCCAAGUGGAGCAGGAAAGACCACAUUGUUAGAGAUACUAGCAGGCAUGAUCCCACCUAGCAGAGUUUCUGGUCAUGUUCUUGUAAACGAGCAACCAAUGAAUGUUAGAUGCUUUCGGAGAUUAUCAGGCUAUAUCACACAAGAUGAGGUUCUUUUCCCACUUCUUACUGUUGAAGAAACUCUCUUGUACAGUGCUCGUCUCAGGUUGCAAGGCAAGUUCCAAACUGCAGAAUCUAGAGUUGGAGAAUUGCUGAAAGAGCUUGGAUUGGAGCAUGUUGCCAAUGUGAGAAUUGGCAGUGAAUCAAACCGGGGAAUUUCAGGUGGUGAGAAGCGUAGAGCAUCCAUCGGUGUAGAUCUAGUUCAUGAUCCAGAUGUUCUUCUAAUUGAUGAACCAACAUCAGGACUCGAUUCAGCGUCAGCUCUUCAUAUAGUCCUGUUGCUCAAAUCUAUGGCUAUAAAGCAAGGUAAAACAAUUCUGUUAACCAUCCAUCAACCUGGUUUUCGAAUACUUGAGAUGUUUGAUCAGAUUCUGUUAUUAUCAAAUGGCACUGUUCUUCAUCAAGGAUCCUUGCAUCUCCUAGAACAACAGCUCAGAUUCGCUGGUCAUUCCAUUCCUAGGCACAUUAAUGUGCUUGAGUUUGCCAUUGAAAUCUCAGAAGCCUUGGUCAUGAUCACUGAAGAAAGUGAAACAGAAGAUAGCGAGACAGAAGAAUAUUAUGCGCAGAUAAAUCCUAACCUUAGCAAUGUCGAAGAAAUUAAAAUAAGUUACCCCAAUGGUCGGUUCAAGGAGGUUUUUGUACUAGUUCGUAGAUUCUUCACCAUAAUUCGCAGAACCAAUCAGCUCUUCACCGCAAGAAUAAUACAAGCAAUGCUAGCUGGGGUUGUGCUUGGGACAAUAUUUAUGAAUGCAACUAAUGAUCCAAAGAAAUACAAGCUACAAACUCAAAUUGGGUUUUUUGCAUUCAGCCUUACCUUGUUGCUGUCAUCCACAACAGAAGGCCUACCAAUUUUCUUGCAAGAGAGGAGAAUUUUAAUGAGAGAAACUUCAAAAGGAGUUUAUAGAAUUUCUUCAUAUGUCAUAUCAAAUACUCUUGUGUUUAUCCCAUUCCUGUUAAUUGUGGCCCUCCUCUACAGCACUCCAGUGUACUGGCUAGUCGGACUGAGACGGGAAAUGGACGGGUUCAUCUAUUUCUUACUAGUGGUAUGGAUGGUUGUUUUGAUGUCAAACUCUUUUGUUGCAUGCUUUAGUGCUCUUGUGCCAAAUUUCAUUAUGGGAACAUCUUUGAUUGCUGGCCUUAUGGGGUCCUUUUUCCUCUUUUCUGGGUAUUUUAUAGCAAAAGAGGACAUACCAAAGUAUUGGAUUUUUAUGCAUUAUUUAAGCCUGUUUAAGUAUCCAUUCGAGUGUUUUAUUAUCAAUGAGUAUGGAGCAGGGAAAGGAAAGAGGAGAUGCUUGCAGAUUACGGAAGGAAACUGCUACCUGUAUGGUGAAGGAUUUUUGAUGCAACAAAAUCUGGAAGAGUCAAAGAAAUGGAGCAAUAUAGGAAUAAUGUUAGUUUUCAUUCUUGGAUACAGAUUUCUUUGUUUCUUGAUUCUGUGUUACAGAUCAUGGAGAACUAGAAUUUGA